AUGAAUGAUGGCCCUAUUGCUACAAGCACCGAGAGGGCCCACAAAAGGCCUGGCUUGACCAGGAUUCGAAUCGGCGCUCACGAAAUCGUGCUUAACCAUUCGGCUAUUAUACUGGUUCCACAUGAAAUCUUAGUACUGUGUUUUGUUACGAUCUGUUACGCUUUGCCGCCAUCACCCUUCAGAUCUCCUCAGCCAGAUUCAUCUAAAACCGCGACGAUUCUGCAAAAUGAUUUUAUAAACGCUGCUAAUGGAUACAACUUUGCUUAUCAAACAAGCGAUGGGGUUCAGAGGGAGGAAAAGGCUGAAUUGAAGAAUGCCGGAGCUAAAGAUGAGUCUUUGGUGGUGAGCGGAUCGUAUUCUUACGUUGGUGCGGAUGGAGUUACAUACACUGUUACUUACAUCGCCGACGAAAAUGGUUACAGACCAACUGGCGAACACAUUCCAAGCUUAUAA